AUCAACUCUAUGCAGAAACGCUGGCGAGUUCUCUGGGCCCGAGCUCAUCUCAGAUGGACCGAAAGACUGUGGAACCGUGUGCUGUGGUCAGGUUGGGAGUGGCCAAGAAUUGGUGUAUGGGAAUCUCAAACACAACAACCCGUCUGAUUUGCCGUCUGGUUAUUUAAGGAGUGGCCAGAUAUUUCCUCUGUAACACCAAUACAUCUGUUGUUGAUCCUUGAAGUUUUCCCAGCUGAAAACGUGUCUUGUGUCUGAAAUGAAGUUAUCUGUUGUAACUCAGGGAAAUCCACUGGAACCGGGCUGUUGAGAACACGCCAGCAAUUGUUCACUGGAGAUCAGAUGCACUGGUUGAGCAAGGAACUUGCUACAUCUGACUCAAUGAAUCGCCAGAGAACUGAUAGCUGAUUGAUAUCGUUCAUCUUCUCUCAGUGUGGGAAGGGAUUCACUCACUCAGCUGAACCACACUGGGAGGAAGCCAUUCACCUGCUGUGUGUGUGAGAUGGGAUCUACUCAGUCACCCAGCCUGAAGGUAUAUCAGCAAGUUCACACCAUAGUGAGAUGGUUCGCCUGUUCUGACUGCGAGAAGUGAUUCAUUUUGCCAUCCAAGCUAAAGAUGCAUCAGAAAAUUCACAGUGAGGAGAGACCGUUCAGCUGCUCCAUGUGUGGGAAGAGAUUCACUCGGUCAUCUGAACUGCAGAUACAUGCGCGAGUUCACACCGGGGAGAGGCCAUUCAUCUGCUCUGAAUGUGGGAAGGGAUUCACUCAGUCAUCUCACCUACAAACCCACCAGUCAGUUCACACUGGGGAGAGGCCGUUCACCUGUUCAGACUGUGGGAAGGGAUUCACUCAGUCAUCUCACCUACAGAAACACCAGUCAGUUCACAAUGGGGAAAAACCAUUUACCUGCUCAGACUGUGGGAAGGGAUUCACUUGGUCAUCUGACCUAUUGGCACACCGGUCAGUUCACACUGGGGAGAUGCCAUUGACCUGCUCAGACUGUGGGAAGGGAUUCAUGUGGCCAUUUCAACUGAAGGUACAUUGGCGAGUUCACACUGGGGAGAGGCCAUUCACCUGUUCAGACUGUGGGAAGGGAUUCACUCGGUCAUCUCAACUGAAGGUACAUCAGCGAGUUCACACUGGAGAGAGGCCGUUCACCUGCUCAGACUGUGGGAAGGCAUUCACUCAGUCAUCCAACCUACUGAGACACCAGUCAGUUCACACUGGGAAGAAGCCAUUCAUCUGCUCAGACUGUGGGAAGGCAUUCACUCAGUCAUCCCACCUACUGGCACACCAGUCAGUUCACACUGGGGAGAAACCGUUCACCUGCCCAGACUGCGGGAGGGGAUUCACUCAGUCAUAUCAACUAAAAGUACAUCAGCAAGUUCACACUGGAGAGAGGCCAUUCACCUGCUCAGACUGUGGGAAGGGGUUCAGUCGGUCUUCUGACCUACUGGCACACCAGUCAGUUCACUCUGGGGAGAGGCUGUUCCCCUGCUCGGACUGUGGGAAGCGAUUUCCUCGUUCAUUUCAACUGAAGCUACAUCUGCGAGUUCACACUGGGGAGCGGCCGUUCACCUGCUCGGACUGUGGGAAAGGAUUCACUCGGUCAUCUCAACUGAAGCUACAUCAGCGAGUUCACACUGGGGAGAGGCCAUUCACCUGUUCAGAUUGUGGGAAGGGAUUCACUCAGUCAUCUCACCUGCUGACACACCAGUCCGUCCACACUGGAGAGAGGCCGUUCACCUGCUCAGUCUGUGGGAAGGGAUUCACUCUGUCAGCUCAGCUGAAGGAGCACCAACGAGUUCACACUGGAGAGAGGCCGUUCACCUGCUCUGAAUGUGGGAAGGGAUUCAUUCGGUCAUCCCACCUAGUGGCACACUACCGAGUUCACACUGGAUAAAAAGUUGAAAUAAGCUGCACGCUGGACAUUUAACCAUCUUGGGUGCUAAAUCCAGGGGCAAGUUCACGAGUGACUGUUGGUGUUGAACCCUGUAAUUAUUGCUGCUGCUCAUCACACCCA